AUCUUUCCAUUGUUUACCUUUUACGUUCUUUCAAUAAUUGCCCUUUUCACGAGCGUUUCGCCGGUGUUUAGCCGCAUUAAAAUGUCUGAUCGAUUUUUUACUAAUCCUUAUACAGACUACAACGAGCAAACGCAUGGCGUCGACACACAUCAGCUGGUGCCUCGUGAUACCGUAGUUGAGCUUAUUAAAAAGUACGUUGGAAUGAUUGAAAAACACACGAACACAAAAAUGCGCGACGAUGUCUAUGUUGGCAUUGCAGGUAUCGCUUUCAUGUUCUGGAAACUGCAUCAGGCGGACGAAACUAGAAGUAUGUAUCCAUGUUUGGAACUUGCAACGAAAUACAUCGGCGAAGCAAAACGACAAUCUAUGAAGAAAAAACGUUCUACGAAGGAUUCCGUAGCAUUUCUUUGUGGCGAUUCUGGGAUUGCAGCGGUAUCUGCAGUAAUUUGUCAUGAUCUAGACAAGAAGCAAGACAUGCAAAAUGAUGUGAAAAUGUUUUUAAAUGGAUACCCAGCUUGUUCCAAUGCCAACGGAUACGAUGCUGAUGAAGUUUUGGUUGGUAGAGCGGGUUUCUUGCAUGGGAUAUACUGGUUAAACCAAACAAUUGCACCGAAACCGAUCGGCAACGAGAUGAUCAUCGCAAUUUGUCAAGCUUUAAUGGAUCGUGGACGACGCAUCGCUACUACGCUACAAAUUGCGGCGCCCUUAAUGUAUGAAUAUCACGACAAAACUUAUCUGGGUGCUGCUCAUGGGAUUUGUGCCAUUUUGCACGCUCUCCUAGAAUCGUCUUGGUUUGACCGAGAUUCUAAUGGUCAGUUUUUUGUUUCCACAUCGGAACUAAAGGAUAUAAAAAAUACCAUAGAUUUCAUACUAACACUUCAAAGUAGCGAUGGGCAUUUUCCAACACGACAUGAUUCGAACCGAAUGCUCGUCCAUUGGUGUCAUGGAUGUGCUGGAGCAAUUUAUCUUUUUGCAAAAGCAUUUCUUACAUUCAAGGAAGAAAAGUAUCUGCAAUGCUGUCGAAGAUGUUCUGACGCAAUCUGGCACCAAGGUUUGCUUCGUAAAGGACCGGGAAUUUGCCACGGAGUGGCGGGUAAUGGUUAUGCCUUCUUGUUAAUGUAUCGCUUGACGGGAGAAAAAUGUUAUUUGUAUCGUGCGGCAAAAUUUGCUGACUUCUUAAAUUCGCCACUAUUUACAGAACACCUACUAGCACCCGAUCGCCCAUACAGUUUGUAUGAAGGUUUAGCCGGAACUGUAUGUUUUUUGGUUGAUCUAUUGCAUCCUAUGAAGUCUUCAUUUCCUUUUAUGGAUGUUUUUGGAAAAAAAUACGUUUAAAAAA